UCACAAUUUUAACUUAUACAAAAAAGAAUGUUUUAAAAACUCACGAACCUUUAGUAGUCAAAUUAGACGCAGAGCAGACUGUUGAGCAGGAAGGACGGCACGCAGCGCGAAUCUCUGUGUUUUAAAACUGCACCUCAUACUUACAUAAGAACAUAAUGGGCAACACUGCAAGUGCUGAAACUGAUCGAGACAAUGCUAAAGAUAAAGAAAAUGAGCAGCGCCUCUUGACAACAAGGGAUUCAACAGGUCCAACAGAUAAUGAGAGUGAAUCCACUGAAUCUCUUGAGCUGACCGAUGAAGACAUUCAAAACCACGCUCGCUACCUAUGCGCCAGCAUCCACCACUGCUACAAGGUGCGCCAGUAUGUGCAGCUCAUUCUUAAAUAUGAAACUGACGACUUGAAAAAUUUAAUGGACAUGAAAGACGUGGACGCUGUCCGAAAGUUCUACCUUGUUGACAAACGGAGCCAGUACAGGAAGGAAUUAAAAGAAAAAUCACACCUGUUUUACAAUCACUGGCAUUUGUUGAAGCCAUUCAAAAGUCUGAAGGCGUAUAAAGAAUCUGAUCUGAGCAACGAUCAGAAAAAAAUACUUGACGAAUUGCUGACUUACCAGGGCGAGUAUUCAAACUUUGAGCAAUCAGUCGCCUUCGUAAUUAAUUUUGAUGCGUGCAAUGAAAAGGAACCAAAUGAGAAGCGACACAAACUGUUCAGAGAGUUGCUGGUGCAGCGGUUGGUGGCCAAGGACAUCAGGAGGAUAAGGAUUUUGCUGGAUCUUGACUACGAUGACAAGUACAUAAGUUUCACAGAUAUAUUCGAAGCCAUGCAGAAACGGAAGUCGGAAAUUUCCGACACAAAAACUAAAGUGGACAGGCUAUUCAAAUCUUAUUCCGCAAACUUGACCACUGAGAAGAAGUUUGACUGUUACGUUUUCAGUAUCAUGGAAAGAGCGAAGAAACUUUAUUUGAUCAAGGAUGUUCCCCUCCCUAUCGAGACUUAUUGUCAGCAGAAGCAGAAAUCUCGGGUCGCUGAUAUCCUCACCUGCCUGGUGACCUACGACAAUGAAGAGACCAGCCCUUUAGCACUCUUAUGCGAAUUUGCCACCUUAACAAUGUUUCAUGCUCUCUUUCCACAACAAAAUAACAAGAGCGUGGACCUGGCUCAACGUUUGGCAUUGCACCUAGAUGAGAAAGUUUGGACCACCUCUGUAAAUUCUGCUGAAGAUAGGUUGGGCCGGUCGGGGCUUCGUUUAGUUCACUAUGCAGCCAUGAACCCAACCAGUGACAUUUUGGCGUUCCUGUUAAAGAACAAAUUUAUCAAUAUCUCGGACCUGUCUCUGCAGGAGAAAAAGGGAGGAAACAUUCCAUUGCAUUUUGCAGCCCUCUACGGAUCCACAAAGUGUGUGGACUAUAUUUUAAAAAAAGUUAGUCAUGAAGAUAUAAAAACGCUGAACAAUGCCGGAGAGUCGCCCCUACAUUGGGCUGCAAGUGGAGGGGACUUGAGCACAUUCAGCCACAUUUACCGCAUGCAUCCUGAUGAGGAAGAGUGUCUUAGGCAGGAAGGAAAGUUCGGACCACCCCUUCUCUAUGCUGCCAAGAACAACAGAUAUGAAAUCAUGGGCAUCAUCUUGGACAAGCAGGCCAGAGCAGAUGCUACUGUGAGUGACGAUGAUUGUGACACGGCGCUGCAUUAUAUAAGCAAAGAGGCCAGCACCCGAUGGUUGGCUAAGAUUCUUAAGGCCAACGCCCUACUGGGCGUCAAGAAUGAAGUGGGCAAUGCACCCAUUGACUGGAUUUCGCACCAGAGACUCGAGCAAUUGCUGGACAAGCACACUCAACUUGUCAAAUUGAAACGUACCAAAGGGGACACUUCUAGGAAGGACCACACUGAGGUAAUCUUCACCAACUUAUUUGGUCACCACGCCAGUGGUAGUGACAUGCAGAACAUCAGAGCUAUCGCUCAGACUCCUAACGUGGAGACUCUUGCCCUCCACCCCCUCUGCCAGGCUAUCGUCUCUGUCAAGUGGCAGAAAAUCAAGAAGUUCUUUCUGCUGAAACUGCUGUUCUUCUUGCCAUUUGUGCUUUCCCUCUCUGCCCACCCAAUCUUGAUGAUGCAGCAUGACCUUCGCAUGAUGGGUAAUUCAACUCUGGACACUCCCUAUGACAGCUUGAUGGACCUUUCCCUGAGAGGAAUUCACGUCUUCUUAGCCAUUCAGGUCUUCUUUGGCCUCUUGUCUGUCUUUGUCUUGGUACCAUCCUUUUUCAAAAAGUCCUCCACUUACGUCAAUGCCAAGAUAAACCCUCGCAGAAUCAAACGUCUCCUUGAGUACUACUGGGAAGAGGUUCUCUGGUCCGACUGGUACGAGUACAUCCUGUGGGUGAUUGCCUUUCUGUACCUGGUGGAUGCCAUCAACCCUAUUUUGGUGGUCAUCGCCUCAUGGUUUUCUCUCUUUUACGUAUGCUCGAACCACCCCUCCAUCCUCCCCUUUCGCUACAUGCUUGUCAAGAUUCUUCUGCGAUAUAUCAAGUUCCUCAUCUUUGCAAUUGGACUAAUUGGUGGCUUUGCCCUGGGCUUCUUCCUUGUGGCAAACAAGUGCAAGUUAGAGUCUGGAUCAGCCGACGGCUGCGCCACAGGGUUUGAGACCAUCUACACUACCAUGCUGAAGGUGCCUUCGAUGAUGAUGGGUGAAAUCUCCUUCGACACCUUCAGCUUUGAGGCCAGUCCUCACCUGCAGUUCCUCUUUGGUGCUUUCAUAUUUCUCAUGACCUGCUGCAUUUUCAAUAUGAUGAACGGUUUGGCCAUCAACAUCACCACAGAGUUGGAGAAGAAGGCCCACAUCUUUAGCACUAUAGCUCAGUGCGAAAUGAUUUUCGAGUUUGAAAUUUUGCUGACAGAAAUCCACGCCUGGCUGAAAUGGCUCGGCCUACCGGGAGAAAUGAGGACCCUGAAUUCUCUUUGGGUGGAGCGCAUCAAAGUGAAACCUUCUACUGGAGAGUGCGUCAACCUGGAGGAAUAUGACAAGGAAAUUCACUCGAAGAUAAACCAAGAGAACUACUGGGAGACAAACGACAAGAGGAAGGUUGCGUGGGUUUGGGUCAACAGGGGCUACACCCUGAACAGCAAAAUCAUUCGGGCGGGUCUUGAAAGGUGCAAGGGCAACAUUUACAAAGACCCGGCAGACGUGGAGGUAAACUUUAACUUUAGAGAAGAAGAAAAAGAGGACGGAGGGAAAAAUGAUGAUGAUAUUAUUAGACGCGUUGAGGAGUUAGAAGGUCCAACUGGUCUAAAUAUUCCUGAUAAACCUCAUGUUCCACAGUCUUUACCAGGUCAUGAUCUGGCACAGGCGCCACAUGAAACUGACGAUUCCCUGAAAUCAAUUAUUUGUGUGCCUAAAGAUUCUUAAGAUCUAAUGGUUAACUAUUUUUUCAAAAUUUUCAACUUCAUUUACAAACAAUUAACAAAAAUCUUGAAAAACCAUAAGGUAAACUUUGAAUAUUAUUUAUUCAAGAUACUUUAUAAGAUGUUGAUUUUUCAUGCUAUUAAAAGAUUUCCAUUCAUUUUACGCUGUAAAAGUACAGUGCAACCUUCAUAUUAGAUGAAACAAUAUAUUUACUUUUACAAACCUGGCAGAAAAAUGUUUUUAGAAUUAGAAUUAAUAUAAAUGCAUCAUUUAGCACAAAUGCAUAUAAAAAUAAGCCUUAAGAAUAACACGUUAACGCCUCUUCGUAAUGUUCGUAAGAAUCCAAUUGGAUUUUGGUAAUUUCAUAAACAUAAAUUUUAAAAUAAGAGUACAUAAUACUGAAUUUAUACAAAUAUAUACGUACAGUAUCAUUCUCAGAUAAUUGUUAGUGAGCGUGUGAUUUGUCUGUUCUAGAGUGUAGUUUCUUUGUUUGGGUUGUAAAGUGUAAAGCAGUUUCAGGGUUAAAUUUGUAAGAGAUUUACGUGGAUUUUACUGAAACUGUGCGUCUGUGCGAGAAAAACUUGCUUUAAAGAGUGGAAUACAAACCAAUAUUUUGACUUAUAAUUGAGAUAUUAAUUUUUAAAAUGGAUCAAAAAUUAAUAUUUUUGAGUAAAAAAAAAAAAUU